AUGAAGAAAGUUCCUUAUGCUUCAGCUAUUGGCAGUCUGAUGUAUGCGAUGAUUUGUACAAGACCAAAUAUUGCUCAUGCUAUUGGUAUUGUUAGCCGUUUUCUUUCUAAUCCAAGAAAAGAGCAUUGGAAUGCUGUGAAGUGGAUUAUGAGAUAUCUUUGUAGCACUUCUAGUCUGAGUUUCUGUUUUGGGACAGAGAAGCCUAUUCUUUGUUGUUACACUGAUUCAGAUAUGGCCGGUGAUGUUGAUACUCGUAAGUCUACUUCGGGCUACUUGAUUACUUAUGCAGGGGGAGCUGUGUCUUGGCAAUCUAGGUUGCAAAAAUGUGUUGCUCUAUCUACUACAAAAGCUGAGCUUAUUGCUACCGUUGAAACUUGUAAAGAAUUGCUCUAUAUGAAGAGAUUUAUGGAGGAACUUGGCUUUGCUCAAGUGAGAGAUGUGUUGGAUUCUAAGUUGCUUGAACUUGAGAAGAUUCACACCGAUGAUAAUGGUUCAGAUAUAUUGACUAAAGCUUUGCCCAGAAGGAAGUUUGAAGAGUGUUGUGGUGCUUCAUCCGAGAAGACCCCCUUGCAAAGGACCAGAAGGUCCGGGCAUGCACCAGCUGCCGAAGCCGAUCAGAGGAUUGAGCCGGUCCCCGAGACCGAGGCUCCAAUGGACGCUGGUCCAAUGCCCGGUGACGAAACUGCUGCAACCUCCGAGAGCGUGGUGCUCGUCAAUGAGGCCUUCAUCCGUGUUCAGCAAGAGGUUGACGACCUUAAGGGCCAGCUGCACGCCCAGGGUCGGGAAACGGAGAAGUUCCAGCAUCUUUUGCAAGUGAAGGAGGAUCAGUUAAACCGAGCAGCUGCCCUUUCCAACCUUCAACCUGAGCUCGAAGCAGCGAAGGCCGAAAACCUUCGGUUAAAGGAUGAGUUGGCCGGAAUGGUUGAGAAGAACCGGCUCCUGGAAGCGGACAAGGUCGGCCUCAGCCAAGAUAAUGCUCGUUUUUAUUCGAGGCUUGGUGAACUCGAGGCCACUAUCUCUCAACUUCGAGGGGAGCUUGACUCGGUCAAGACUGAUGCCGUGAACAUGGCCGAGAGGCAUCGACGGCUUGAAUCCGAGAAUGCCAAGUACAAGGACAAGUUGAGGGUAUUCGAGCAGAAAGCCGAGGAUAGGGCCCGAAUAUGCGAUGAGCUCAAAACCAAAUUCGAGGAGACAGCCGAGGCCAAUGAAUUCCUGAAGGCCGAGCUCGAGUCGGCUACUCAAGUUCAAAGAAUCCUCGAUGUUGAGAGAUCCGAAUUGGUGGACAAACUGGCCCAGGCUGAGGUAUACUUGAUAAAAGCCCUUAAGAACGUGGAGGCUGCCGAAGCCCAUACUACGAUUACGGUGGAGUAUGAGCGGUGGAAGUCUUGGAGGGCCACCCUCGAGCAAGCUCAACAAGGUUUUGGAGACCUCCUGGCUCUGAUACUCGAACCCAAAAAGACCGAGGAGGAAGCCAAGAGAGCCCUUGAUACCGAUUCUGAGGAUUCCGAGCAGACAGUAUCCGAGCGCUCUGGUUCCAGCUGCACCGGAUAG